AUGCCAGGGUCUAAUGCUCUACAACGCUAUGAUGACAAGGUGGCGCGCGACGCACUCGCGACUUUGCUACCAGCGCAGGUUGCCGGUGCGAUAUCUCAGCUUGCCGGAUUGUCAUCGUUUUCGCUGCACGUCUCAUCUAUCCUGGUCUACAAUCUGAUCGAAGCUGGCAGGCAAGGCACACAAAUGUCACUUGAGGCGACGCGCAAGGUGGGUUCAGCCUUGCUCUAUGCACACCGUGCGAAUGGCGUCGCGGACGAAGAGUAUGCCAAGUAUCUUGAGUCUUGGUCUGCCACGGGCACACAUCUAUUAUACUGCAGCAUUUCUCUGGUUGAGAUAUUCGCACAGGCAUCUUUCAGUAUUCUACAAGUCUCCUCUGCAGGUGGAUUCUACUCUGCUAUGGAGAGCGUGCGCACCAUUGAUGCCUUGUUUGGAUCAAAUGAGACUUCUCGCAUGCUAGCCAGCAUCAUUUGCUUUAUGCGUAAAGAGCUUGAAUCGGAAGGGAAUUAUCAUGGUCUUUUCUAUGGCCUUACAAAAGCACUUUCGACCUUUGCAAUGCUGCAGAAUCUCACCUACGGCCGCACAGCUCAGGAGAGACAAGAUCGCAUUUGUUGGGACGUGAUCAGCAUCGGACGCGGAGACCUACCAGCCAGUGCUACGCAUUGUCAAGUGAAGCCGACGAUUGCUGACAAUACUAUUCCGAGCGACAUUUUGAGGCAAAUUCCAGUGAAUGCGACUUAUAGUAUUGCAACUGAAACAACAGUGACUACCAAGACAAUCGUCAACAUUGACGAUAUUGCUGGACAUGCGAUACCUGCUGGGAAGUCACGCUUCUCUUUUGAAAAGGUGCGCAAGAAGCUCAAGACAUCCAAGUUCAUCAAACAACGUCAAGCAAUAUACGGUGGCGCCCCUGUCCUAAGUCCUACAACAACACGCGAACGUCCAGAUACAUUCAUUGCGCUUCAGUAUCGCUUUGGCGAACCUGAAUGUAUCUCGCAGCGAAGAGAAAAGCCAAUUAUACCAAGACGGGACAACAGAUCGCAACCGCCGAGCCCAUCGAAGAAUGCAUUGCCAUCUCGACGUCCAUACUCGUUGUCCACAAAUCACUCGACGAGCAGCAUUGUCACCAUUUCUCUACAUCCUUGGGAAAGUCCCCCAGAAGAGCGACCUCAAUCGCAGACGUGGCCUCCUGUUUUGCUGGAGCGUCUUCUAUAUCGCUUCCACCGCUUCUCAACCGCGGCUUACGGGCAAGUCUUUCUGCAGCUGCUUGGCUUUUCCGAUCCAAGCCACUGGGCUUCGCACCACUUUGUGCGAGAUCUCAAUGACCACGAGAAUCAUGCUGCGUUUGGCGCUCAUGUCGGAUGUAGCACAGCAGAUAUAUUGUUGUCAAGCUACGCUCCUGGCAACACGACCCGUGCGUCUCCCUCGAUCGUCUAUUUUGUCUCUGUCGAUCAUCAAUCCCAGUCCGUUGUGGUGUCUUUGCGAGGCACCCUGGGCUUCAGCGAUUUGCUGACAGAUCUCACCGCGGAGUAUCAUCCCUACACGCGACGUGGUGCUCGUGGCCAGCCGGAACAACACUUUGUACACAAGGGAGUUCUCGAAGCAGCCCAACGCCUUGCUAGCAAUACUGCCCUGCUCGCAUGCAUCAAUACGGCCUUGCGCCAACGACCUCAUUUCGGUCUCGUACUGACUGGUCACUCACUGGGUGGGUCAGUGGCUGCAUUACUAGCGCUAGAGUGGAGUUUGCCUGCUCAGCAAGUAACGGGAGAUGUUCAACUACCAGGCUAUGCGCAUUACCUGCAACUACAGGGACUUCCGACUGUACCCAUCUCCUCAUUUGGAUAUGGCACGCCGGCAUGUCUGUCACCGUCCAUGUGCUGCGCAACGGCAGGUCUCAUUGUGACGUGUGUCAAUGGCUUCGAUGUUGUCCCAAGCCUCAGCUUCGGCCUUGUGCAUGAUUUCAAAUCCAUCAGUCAAGUCUUGAGUCAAGAUGAAUCGGGUGUCUUGGCACGUAUAGGGAAACGCCUCGUUUCCGGUGCUGCAGCAGGGAUACAAGCGAGUGCGGCUGACGAUGAUUAUCUCUUUGCUGUGCUCAAGACGUUGCGUUGUCAGAUGGAUCAUGACAAGCUGGUGCCGCCUGGACGCUUAUUGAACAUUCAAGCCUCGCGACAUCGUUGUCAUUCUCCUACUGCAGGUCAUGCAAUGCAAGGCACGCGUGUGGUGGUGAGUGAGGUGGUUGAUGUGCAGGCUCGAUUUGGCGAGAUGGUAUUUGCCAAGACCAUGUUAUCGGAUCACUCGCCUGUCGCUUAUGAGGCUUCUUUACAGGCACUGGUGCGUGGUCUGGCAGAGCAGAGUGAACAACAGCAAAGCGGUGAUGAAACAUUUGUUGAUGAACAGUAA